AUGCAGCUGCGCUGGAGCGGCCACCUGGUGCGCAUGGACGACGAGCGACUACCCAAACGACUCUUCUACGGAGACGUCGCGACGGGUUCUGGCCGUCAAGGAGGCCAAAUUCGCCGUUACAAGGAUACUCUGAAGUCCUCCCUGAAGCGUCUGCAAAUCAACCCGACCAACUGGGAAGAGCUCGCACUCGAUCGACCGACCUGGAGUAGGACAGUGAAGACAGGCGCUGCGAUCUACGAAGCCAAUCGCAUCGCUGCCGCCAAGGCGAAACGCGAAGCCCGCAAAUCCCAACUUCGCCCAGUGCGCAACACCGCCGCACAAUCGCUUCCAACGUGUCCUCGAUGUCAACGGACAUUCCGGGCUCGAAUGGGACUUGUUGGACACCUUCGGAUCAACUGUGCCUCUCGAACUGCACCAACCAUCGUCCCGCUGCCCGCCUCUUCUUCCCCUCCGCCGCCAACUAACUCUGACAUUUCUUCUCAACCACCACUUCCAUCAUCCUCCUCCCCCACUGCCCCAGCGGCGGCCUCUCAGGCGGCCGUCUCGCACAUCAACCCCGACACAACAACCGACACCACCCCCACCUCUCCCGAUUCCAGUAAUGAGGAUCAGGACUACACCUGCCCUCACUGCGAUCGCACCUUCACCUCACGCAUCGGCCUGGUCGGUCACUUGCGAAUUCAUCGCACAGAGACUGGCGAGCCAGUGCCUGGAGCACCAACCUGCACCCACCGCACUCGCCUCCAAUGCCCACACUGCCCUCGCACCUUCACUCACCGCAUGGGUCUAUUCGGCCACAUGCGCAUCCACGAGAGCGGAAUUGACCGCAACCUCGAUACACCCACCCCGCCGAGCCCCACUCCCAACUCAUCACCUUGCGCACCCACCAACCACUCCCCAACCGACAUCGACGCCGCCGACUCUACCACCCCUCACUCCUCCCCGUCCUCCUCCUCUUCCUCCUUCACUGCCACAACGACGGCCACCCCGGCGUCUGUAGCGCACGACUUCACCACAGCCGCACCUGACACAACAACAGGCACAACCCGUGCAACCUCCAUCAUCAGAGGUGAGGGCCAGGACUACAUCUGCCCUCACUGCGAUCGCACCUUCACUUCCCGCAUCGGCCUGGUCGGUCACUUGCGAAUCCAUCGCACAGAGCUUGGCGAACCAGUGCCUGGAGCACCAACCUACACCCACCGCACUCGCCUCCACUGCCCACACUGCCCUUGCACCUUCAUGCACCGCAUGGGUCUAUUCGGCCACAUGCGCAUCCACGACGACCUGCGGUAG